UUGUUUUCCCCAUUUCUCUUGGCGCUGCCGCCCCACCACCAUCUCUACACCAGCCAACAGAAUACAACACAGCGGCCGCCCUCUGCCUCUGCCCCUGCCGCUGCCGCGCCGCACGGCGCACAGAUACCUUUCCUCUCCUCUCCCCCUCUUCCGCCUCCGCUCCGCAGCAAUCCCGGCGCGGCAUGGCGAGCCCGUCUUCCUCCUCGUCGUCCCCGUCCCGCAAGGCCCUGAGCAAGAUCGCGUGCAGCCGCCUGCAGAAGGAGCUCGCGGAGUGGCAGGUCAGCCCGCCCGCCGGCUUCAAGCACAGGGUCACCGACAACCUCCAGAGGUGGGUCAUCGAUGUAGCCGGGGCACCAGGCACGCUCUACACGGGCGAGACCUACAAGCUGCAGGUGGAUUUCCCCGAGCAUUAUCCCAUGGAGGCACCUCAGGUUAUAUUUCUGCAUCCAGCACCGAUGCAUCCACACAUUUACAGCAACGGACACAUAUGUUUAGAUAUAUUGUAUGACUCGUGGUCCCCAGCGAUGACUGUCAGUUCUAUCUGUAUCAGCAUAUUAUCUAUGCUGUCCAGCUCACCAGCAAAGCAACGCCCAGCCGAUAAUGAUCGCUAUGUCAGGAACUGUCGCAAUGGGAGAUCACCGAAGGAGACCAGGUGGUGGUUCCAUGACGACACUGUGUGAUGGGUUUCCUGAUUGUCCUGUGACUCCGCAUUUAGUUGCCAGACUACAUGGGAGAUGAUUAGGCUUAUUUCAAACCGACGCAUUUGACCAGAAAUUAACAUGCUCUCGUGGUUUGUAAAUGAAUGUGCAUCAGCGUCAGGUCCUGUACUUGUUGAUCCUUACACCGUCCGAUGGUAUAUAGAAUAAUGUUUACAUCGUGUCAAUUUACGGAACAGAUAGAAAUGCAAGAUUUCUGAAUCC